UUGUGACCGCUCUCUUUUAGCGUUCGAUUGGUCACUAGCCAUGGUUUAUACUCCCGAGACAUGCGUAUAACCAUUUCCGUUUGAGACCGAAUGAUAACAUUGGUCUGAAUCGAACUAAGCGUGUAGCCUGGCAGAGGCUCUGCAUAAUCGACAGCGAGCUGCACUGAGAAGCACGUAUUUGUUGUUGUGGAAGUUUUCUCCAGAAUAUUUGCGUCAACGUGAUGUUUAUUCUCAUUCCCAGGUUCACCCUCAUGUUAUAAUGGUAUUGACUUACAUUUCCUAAAUGUUUACCUAUAUAAUUGCGAAAAGGUUAAUUUUCAAAUAUGGAUCUAGCUGUUCAAUCAGAGAUGGCUGUUGAAGAGAAACCCCCUUCUUUUGCCCAGGGUUCCUCACAACCUACUGAUCUACCGAAGUUUGCGAGUUCUGGAAGUUCAAAACCCAACUUGACAACUAGCGAUAUAUCUAAUAAUAACAUGGAUUUGUUACGGACAAAUUCUUUUUCAAAAAAACGCAGAUUUUCAUUUAAUCAUAAAAACUAUGAAAAUGCCGUUAGAAGAAAGAGAAGCUAUAGUUGUGUAUUGAGAGGUGAUAAUAAGUAUGUAUUACCAACUAAAUUUCUUCUUGGUGGAACAAUUGAUGAUCCAUUAAAUUUAAAAGGCUUGUCCUCAUCAGAACAAUUAGAUGCAUUAAAACAUUUUUCACCAGUUUCAUCCCCACUGUGGCAUAGUCAAAGGAAAAAUGUUGAAGUUGUGAUCCCACCUAACAUAACAGACCCUCUUAAUCUGAAUUCGAGCGAUAAUGAAAUAAAUAAUUGCCUUGCUAAGCGAAGGAAAAGACAUCGACACAGGAAAAAAGAUGAACUGAAUGAAGAUCUUUUGCCAUUUGAUGCCCCCAUCAAAAUAGAUGUUAAUUGUGAAGUAGAUUCUGAUAUGGCAUCGAAAGUAUUGAGUGAACCUAUCGGUGGUGCAUCUACAUUUCUCCUUCCAUUUGCCAAUUCAAGGAGAAGAAGACGAACAAUGAGUGAAUGUGCCGCGGACAUGGUAAGCUCAUGUGAACUUAUAAACAAUGAUAAACUCAAAACUGAUAAAACCAUAUCACCUAAGAUUCAACCAUCAAAUUCCUCAAAAAAACUUACACCAGAAAAGAUAUUAAGUGCUGAAACAAAACAAAAACCUGCUAGGAAAGCAUCAAAUACAAAAUUUAUUCAUGGAAAUUAUAAUCGGUAUUACGGAUACAGGAAUACGCCUGAAGUAGACGAUGUCCGGUUAGUCAGUUUCAAACAAGAGUGGUUUAAUGCAAAGGAUGUGCUGGAUAUUGGCUGUAAUGUCGGUCAUGUGACAAUGGCAGUAGCUAAAAACUUUCUUCCAAAGAAAAUGGUCGGUUUGGAUAUUGACAGUAAUUUAAUAUCAGCUGCUAGGAAAAAUAUCCGACAUUAUAUAGACAGUCAACAGAAACAUACUUAUCCUGUCUCGAGUACUGUGGCAUUUGGUCCUUUAGCACCACCUCCAUUGGGGACUGAGCCGAAUGAAAUUUCCUUUCCAGAAAAUCUCACCUUUAAACAGGCUAACUAUGUAUUAAGCAGUGAUGAACAACUGAAAUUAGUGAAAGAAGAAUAUGAUACAAUUCUUGCUUUAAGUAUAACCAAGUGGAUACAUCUAAAUAAUGGUGAUGAUGGUGUUAAAUUGUUUUUUAAAAGAAUUUACAAGCAUCUUAGACCAGGUGGAACACUGAUAUUAGAACCACAACCAUGGGCAUCAUACAAAAAACGAAAAAAUCUUUCAUCUACAAUACAGAAUAAUUUCCGAAGUAUUAAAUUGAAACCUGAACAGUUUAGAGAAUAUUUGUUGGGAGAAGUUGGUUUCCUGAAGUGUGAAGUAAUUGAUCUGUCAAAUCAUAAGGCCAAAGGCUUCCGUAGACCAAUUCAGGUAUACUCCAAAUCGGGCUCUCCAGACAAAAAGAAAUAAAUGUAUAAUUGAAUUCAUGUAUAAUUCACAUUUGUCUGUCUGUAUAAUUAAUUAUUACCAUUGUUAAUUAUAAGAUUGCUAAUAAAUCAUCUUACAAUA